UGUUUAGUUACUGUAUCUUUAAACCACGUUCAUCAUCGCGAGACUUCCAGAUGCUCUGACGAAACCGAAAAAUGGCUGCCCAAUGAGGAUAUUAAAAGCGUCUCCAGGCAACAACGAUGGUGCACAAGAUGAGUCACGGCCGGCUCCUCCUGCAGCGUCUCCUGCAGCAGCGGGAGAUGGACUUCCUGUGUGACAUCACUGUGGCAGUGAGCGACGUGGAGUUCCGGGCGCACCGCAACAUUCUGGCUGCGUUCAGCGAGUAUUUCUCCUCCCAGACAGAGAGGGGCCCGGGGCUGACCACCCUGGACCCCGACAAGGUCAGUCGCUUCGCCCUGGAGAAGCUUCUGGAGUUCGCCUACACGGGCCACAUGAGCCUCAGCCGAGACCGGCUGGCGGACGUGCGCGGAGCGGCAGUGUUCCUGGGCAUGCCGGAGGCCACGCGCUACCUGGAGGAGAACCCAGAGGGGCUGGAGAAGGAGUACGACCCCGCCUGCUCCUCUCCCCCCCUCAGCCCGGACCCCCAGGCCGGCACCUCCCUGCUCUCGGACGGGGAGGAGCGGGACGGGAACGAUGAGGACGACGACGGCGGUGUGGGAGGCGCGGGGGGCCGCUCGGCCUGGUGGGAUGCCCCGGAGCCCCUGGGCAGAAAGAGGGGCCGCAAGCCCAAGAUCUACAGCGACUUCGAGACCACCACGCCCACCAGCGACUCCGAGGACACGCCGCUGAGCCGAGGCCACCGGGGGAGGGGGCGGGGCCGAGGGCGGGGCAGGGGGAGGGGCCGGCCCCGGGGGAGGGGCAGGGCCGGUGCCCAGAGCCACGAGGCCAUCGCGGGGGACGGCGUCGGCGCCACGGGGGACGACGCUGCGGACGACGACGCGGACCCCUCGGCGUGCCGGAGCCCCCCUCCGGCCAAGAGGGGGCGCUGGGGGGUCGGGGCGGGGAGGGCCGGCAGACCGAGGGGCAGAGGCAGAGGGAGGGGCAGGGGGCGGGGCCGAGGCAGGGGGAGGCCGGCCCUGAGCCGCGUAGGCCGCGACGAAGAAGAGGAGGAGGAGGAGGAGGAAGAGGAGGAGGAGGGCGAGGAGGGGAAGGGGGGAGGGGAGGAGGGCGAGGGUGAAAGGGCAAACAACAACAACAACAACAACAUUAACAACAACGACAACAACGUCGGCAAGAAGGAGGAGCUGGAGGAGAGCAACGCGGGGCUGGACUUCGGCGACAGCGACUGGGUGCCGGACGUCGAGCCGUCGGGGAGGAGGAGCCAGAGCCCCGAGGACAAGGAGCGGAAGUCGGUGGCGUGCACCGAGUGCAGCCGUCUGUUCACCGAGGCCAGCAGCCUACGGCGGCACAUGAAGAUCCACCGGGGGCUGAAGCCCUUCAAAUGCCUGUUCUGCUCCAAGACGUUCCGGCAGGCCACGCAGCUCAAGACGCACCUGCGCGUACACACAGGAGAGAAGCCAUUCACAUGUACCCAGUGUGACAAGUGUUUUGCCCAGAAGUGCCAGCUGAUCGCCCACUGUCGCAUGCACCACGGCCAGGAGAAGCCCUUCGGCUGUGAGCACUGCGGCCUCAAGUUUGCCACCUCCUCCAACUACAAAAUGCACAUCAGACUGCACAGCGGGGAUAAGCCAUACGUGUGUGACGUGUGCGGCCAGACGUUCGCCCAAUCCAGCACGCUGACCUAUCACAAGCGCCGUCACACGGGGGAGAAGCCCUACCAGUGCGACACCUGUGGCAUGUCCUUCUCUGUCUCCUCCUCCCUCAUCACGCACACCCGCAAACACACAGGUGUGACCCCAUACAAGUGCUCUCACUGUGAUGCCAGCUUCAUGACGUCGUCGGAGCAGAAGAAGCACGUCCGCAGGCUGCACCCUGAGGGGAACCCGAGCGUCCAGUGUCUGCUGUGUGGGAACCGCUUUGCCAGUGUGAAAAACAUGAUGAAGCACCAGAAGAAGGCCCACGCAGACGAGGUCCGCCACCACAAGGAGCGAGCACGCGCAGUGCUGUACCUGGCCUCCAGCCACCCAGUGGCCUUCGUCCAGAGCAAGCUGCCCCAGAGCAGCAAGGCCCUGCUGGGCGUCUCGGACAGCGUACCCCAUCACCACGACCCCCAGACCCCCAUGGUCACGGUCGGGAUCCCGGCGCAGUGCUUCAAGGUGGAGCAGACGGACACGGUCAUCACCACCGCCAGCGACCCCGGCCUAGACUCUGUGACCUUUGAACCCAGCCAGGAGAGCCAAACCACCACCAUCAGCUCGGACGCACUGCACGCGCUGGUGGAGCAGCUGCGGCCGUCCUCGCCGCCCCAGAGCGUGCAGGAGAUCGUGAUCAUCCAGACCCUGGACAACGCCGAGGCCGGGGCCUCCAUACAACAGCAGGACUGACUCUGCAUGCGUCUCGCUACGUCGAACCACUGAAUUUUAGUUCUAGUUUUUAUUUUCGAAAAUACACAUGAGGACUACAUGGGUUGGCCUGGCCUGUUGUUCGCUGAAUCUGUUCCGUUGCUAACCCGCAGCUAUCCCAGUAGCAGUGCGUGAUUGAUAUUUAGCAGUCAAAUGUUUUUUCUUGCCGAGUUGGACGAUUAUUUAAGAAAAAAUAGAAGCUGGAUCACAAUUUAAACUUUUAAUCGAAGUUGAGGAGUGAGUUCUGUGAGUAAUUGUUCACUAGACGUGUUGGUUGAUUUCAAGUUCAAACCUUACUUUAACCUCUUCAUCGGGUCAUUCUAGGCCUAUGUGAGUAGAAAGAUUCAUACUGCAUCUGGUUGUCAGUUUUGUACAAAAAAAUAAAUUCUGUAAAUGAAUUGCAAUAAUAUGUUAAUUAGCCGAUUGCCUUGGUGAUGCAUAACCAUAUUUGCGUUUGUCACUUGCUUUUCAAUCGGCUGUUGAGGUUUGGUCUAUUAAAAUGUAAAACAUG